CAUUCCAACAAGUCGAAUCCUAGUCUAUGUCAGAAUGACAGCUAGUCAAGGACUACGCUUGCUCCGCGGCCGGAACUGAUGCACCAUGGAAAUAUUUAUGAGGGGAGUGACUCUUUGUAAUAGAAUAUUUAAUCUGUUGAACAUACCAAGGUGAAGGUCAGUCAAUAAGCUGUCACGAGUAGAACAGGGUAGAGUGGGGCAACACUGUCAACCAGCUGUUACUAUGGCAACAAACAGACUCCUGAGUCCCAGCCAGGCAAGCGAGUAGACACACCUGGCAUCCCAGGACAUUCUUCUGUGGGGCAGGUCGGUGAUGAGUGGAGCCACCCCAACAACAGGUACAUGCCGAGCCUGUUUCUCCGUGGAGAAGAAAUACAAGGAGAGGAGUGGAGACCCUAACUUCUUCCUACUGCAUGCUGAGCGUGACGUCAUCACCGCGCCCAAGUCUGACAAGGAGAAGAAGAAGAGGAAGAAACUGCUGCAGGAUCAGCUGGAGAAGAGAGUGGCCGCCUUGAGGAACACAGUUGGAGGAGUUGUCAUUGUCCACCUACACGGCCAGGCCAGCACUGACAGAUACCUCGAGUACUUUGAUGAGUUCAUUGGUAACCCGUUCUCCGAACUUCUUGAAGAUGGUAGACUCUUUGUUGAAACAUACGUGCGCCACUGGCUGUCCACUCUUCCCGGAUUUGAAGAUUUCUAUGAUUUCGUGCAUAUAAACGUGUGCAAGACAGCAGGUGUUGCUACUGUCGAUUUCUGCACAAAGACCUGCAACGAUUUUGAAAAGAAGAAUCCGUCAGUUUUAAAUAUUCUAUCGAUUCUGUCGCGAACGUUUUAUACAAAAGUGCACCAGCCUCAGAUCCGAGGUAUUCCACUUCCGGCGGAAGUCGACAGUCUGCACGAGAACAGAGCAAUUGAGUUGAAAACCUUUAUGAACCCAGAAGCUGAAAAGGACGUGGUUCAGUUUGUUGAUCAUGUUUGGUUCGACCUGAAACUGCGAGAAAACCUCACAUCUCUGACGAAGGUGGAACACGGAGGGUCAUUCUACGUUGGGAUUACAGAGGAAAAGAACAAGGAUACUACAUACAAAACAAAGACACCUAAAAUACUUGGCUUUCAUGUCAGUUUUCCACAUGAGAACAUCACAGAACAUAUACAGCAGAAAAUAGCAGAACAUGUUACAGUUUUACAGUUGAAUGGACUGUUUGAAGAUGCUCCCUCUGAUCUGAUUAAUAUUGCGUUUCAUGAAGUUCGUGACAGCCAUCCUCGGAAGUUUGUGUUGGAGAUUGCAGUGAGGCACUUUGACGGUAUUGUGUUCUAUGACAAAGAGGGACCCCGGACCUACCUCAUAGAUCACGGGAACAUCGUCAGGAUGACUCGGAUGGAGUGGCUGCACAGGGUCAGGUGUCGCCUGCCGCCAUGGAUCAUAUAA